ACCAGUUUUUGUGUGUGUGAGUUACAGAGUCCGUAUUCGUGUGCGUGUGUUUGUUUGUGUGUUUGGGUGUGUGCGUGUGUGUGUGUGUGCGUGUGCAUGUAUGUGUGUGCGUGUCUGUGUGUGUGGAUGAGUGUGUGUUAGCCAGGUGGUUGCAGUCUCUCUGCGUAGGAAAACCCUGCCAGGCUGCCAGCCAGUGCGGUGGUGUAUUGAAGUGAACGAUACGGCCAGCACACCUCCUCUCUUUCUUUAUUUUUGGACCGUACCAGAACUGAGGAUCUACCCUUUGGACUGUCUCUCGACACCUUCCUCUCCGCCUUUCGAGGGAACACCUGUGUGUUGAACGUGUGUGUGUGUUGUGUGUGUGAGACAGCAGAGGCAGCGGACUUAGCCCUGGUGGACAGGGCGAGUGAAUGACUUCGGUGGAUGAGGGCUUGGCUGGUGGAGAGUGGGGGCAGGGGAACCAUGGACCCCCCUCGCUAGCAAACGGGUGCGGUGAAGAAGUGCAGGCUUGUCCAGUCAUCAUGUGCACACGGGCCUACCCUGAGCCCGUCCCCGAGUGCCAGCUGUUCCCUGGAGAGGAGGAGGACCGGGAAGAAGAGGCUUCAGAAGGAGGCAGGGAGAGGGAGUCAGACCGAGACAGCGCUGUGGAGAGUACCCAGGGUUCAGACACCUCUGAGGGGCUGGCCAGACCGGGGGACAAGGGGGACGCGCUAGGGGAACUCUUCUUCCCUGGAGACAAGUGUGGCCAGACAAAUAUCUCAGUGACCUCUGACCUAUCAACACGCUCCUCUGCGUCUCUGAACGAGGAGCAGUUUGAGGACUACGGAGAAGGAGAGGAGCCAGACUACACUCCCAGCAGUCCCUGCCCCGACGACGAGACUCGCACCAACGGGCACUCUGACCUGGGCUCCUCUGUCCCCUCCAGUGCGGGCCAGACUCCACGUAGAGUGCGUCAGCUGUAUAGCGGUGAGCUGAUGGACGUCUACUGCUCCCAGUGUUGCAAAAAGGUCAACCUGCUCAACGACCUGGAGGCUCGGCUGAAAAACCUCAAAGCCAACAGCCCCAGCAGGAAAAUCUCCAGCACAGCCUUUGGAAGGCAGCUGCUGCACAACAGCAACUUAAGUAGCAGCAACGGCAGUACAGAGGACCUGUUUCGAGAUAGCAUUGACUCCUGUGACAUCGACAUCAAUGAGAAGGUGACUUUUCUGGAAAAGAAGGUUGCAGAGUUGGAGAAUGACAGCCUAGUGAACGGAGACCUCAAGUCCAAACUUAAGCAGGAGAACACACAGCUAGUACACAGAGUCCAUGAACUGGAGGAGCAACUGAAAGACCAGGAGACCCGGGCAGAGCAGAACAUGGAGGAGGAACAGAAACGACACCGGGAGGCCUACAGCAAGAUAGAGAGAGACAAGAACACACAGAUAGAACUUCUGACCAACCGAGUUCAACACUUGGAAGAAGAAAACAAUGACAUGGCUACAACCAUGUGCCGGCUCAAGUCACAGACUGAGAAACUGGAUGAGGAGAAGCAGAGAAUGACAGACAAGCUGGAAGAUACCAGUCUGCGUCUAAAGGAUGAGAUGGAUCUCUACAGAAAGAUGAUGGACAAACUGAGACAGAACAGACAUCAGUUCCAAAAGGAAAAGCAGUCAAUGCAGGAGCUUAUAGAGGACCUGCGUCGGGAGCUGGAGCACCUACAGCUGUUCAAGUUGGAGACAGAGAAGCCCGGCCGUGGCCGAAGCUCUUCCUCUAGCCUGACCGACUUCAACAACAGGAGCAGGGAGCUGGAGCUGGAGCAUGAGGUCAAGAGGCUCAAACAGGAAAACCAGAAGUUGAGGGAGCAGAAUGACGACCUAAAUGGUCAGAUCCUCAGUCUGAGCCUUUAUGAAGCUAAGAACCUCUUUGCCACACAGACCAAGGCCCAGUCUUUGGCUGCCGAGAUAGACAAUGCCUCCAGAGAUCAGUUGAUGGAGGCUCUGAAAGAGCAGGAGGAAAUCAACUAUCGUCUGCGACAAUACAUGGACAAGAUCAUCCUGUCCAUCUUGGACCACAACCCCUCCAUACUGGAGAUCAAGAACUAGCAACGACUCAGCUGAAGUAAGAAACAUUAUAGGAACUAUAUUGUGAAUCAUCUCAGAUCCACUUUGAGGAAGGGAUCGGUAUGGAAGAGGAACUGGAAACACACUGGGAAACUAGAACAGAUAAAUGGACACG